CUCGUACACAUCGCCAGUCUUGUGCUAUUUAGCACACGACAUUUUCGACGCAGGGUGUGAAUUCAGCUUUUAAAGUAAAGAAAACACAGAGAAAGAGACCCUUUUGUUUUUUGAAGCUAAAAGUCAUGGUCACUCACUGAUCUUUCUCUCUGUCAAUCUAAUUUACUUGUUUUUCUUCACUUAUCUGAGGUUCAGGUGACAAUGGCUGCUCUCUGUAAAGAUCUUGUCCUGUUAAUCUCACAGUUCUUAGACGAGGAAGGGUUCAAAGAAACUGCUCGCAUGCUUGAGCGUGAAAGUGGUUAUUACUUCAGCAUGAAGUUUUUUGAGGACAUGAUACGCAGUGGCAACUGGGAUGAGGCUGAGAGAUAUCUUUCUUGUUUCACAAAAUUAGAUGACAACAGAUACUCGACAAAGAUCUAUUUUGAAAUUAGGAAGCAGAAAUUCCUUGAGGUGUUGGACAACAAUGAACGUUCCAAGGCUUUAGACAUCCUUAUGAAGGAUUUGAAAGCUUUUGCCCCAGACAACGAGGAGCUAUUAAAGGAAAUGACUUUGCUUUUGACAUUAAAUAAUAUAAGGGACCAUGAGUCACUCUCUAUGUAUAGUGAUGCAGAGUCGGCAAGAAAAGUUAUGAUGGUUGAGCUUAAGAAAGUUAUUGAAGCAAAUCCCCUUUUGCGUGAGAAAUUGGAAUUUCCGAACAUUGCAAAUCAUAGGCUACGGCGUCUCAUAAACCAAAGUCUGAAUUGGCAGCAUAUGCAUUGUGCAUAUCCGCAGCCAAAUCCUGAUAUAAGAACCCUUUUUGUGGAUCACAUUUGUGUACCAAUACCAUCGGAUGAUCAUUUAUUUUCAGCAGCAAGUGAUAGCAAUCCACUGCCUUCUCAAACAACAUCAAUGCUAGUUUCAACUUCCUCAGCCUCAAAUUCUACUUCAUCUUCUGAGGCCCACUCUUCAAUUUCAAGUGAAGCUUUGUCUCUUGGAGUUCCAACAAACAUAGCUAUGAUAGAGGUUUUGGAGGAUAAUACUACUGUAAAUGACAGUGGUAUUCCUAAAAACAGAAUUGUAAACCUAAAAAGGCCUUCCAAUGAGGAAAUAUCAGAUGCCUCUCUUCCUGAUCAAAGCUCUGUUAACAUUUCUGAUGAUUUGCCAAAGAAUGUUUUUAGGAUAUUAAAUGAGGGGUCAUCUCCAACAAGCAUGGAUUUUCAUCCUGAAAAACAGACUGUUCUUCUAGUUGGAACCACUGUGGGGGACAUUGGAUUGUGGGAAGUUAGUUCAGGGGAAAGUUUGCUUUCAAGGAAUUUUAAGGUUUGGGAUAUUGCAGCAUGUUCGAUGAUGUUCAAGGCAACUUUGCUUAAGGAUCCUAGUGUUUCUGUUAAUCGUGUUGCUUGGAGCCCAGAAGGCGGUUUGUUUGGGGUUGCUUAUUCAAAACACUUGGUGCAAAUAUAUUCUUAUAAUGAAGCCAAAGAUGCGCGGCAGCAAUUGGAGAUUGAUGCUCAUGUUGGUGGUGUAAAUGACCUAACCUUCUCUGCCCCUGAGAAACAACUUUUGGUCAUUACCUGUGGUGAUGACAAGAUCGUUAAGGCAUGGGAUGCGACUGACGGUGUCAAAAUGUAUACUUUUGAGGGCCAUGAUGCUCCUGUUUAUUCUCUCUGUCCCUAUAGCAAGGGAAACGUUCAUUUUGUCUUUGCGACAUCAGUGAAUGGGAACAUAAAAGUUUGGCUGUAUGAUAAUUUAGGAGCCCGAGUAGAUUAUGAUGCUCCUGGCCUGGGGUGUACAUCAAUGGCUUAUAGUGGUGAUAGAAGGCUUUUCUCAUGCGGGACCAGCGGAAGUGGAGAGUCAUUUCUUGUUGAAUGGGAUGACUCUGAAGGUGCCAUAAAAAGAACCUAUCUAGGAUUGCAAAAGAAUUCUUCAAGUGUAGUGCAGUUCGAUAUAAUGAAGAACCAGGUUUUAGCUGCUGGUGACGAGCAUGUGAUCAAAAUUUGGGAUAUGAACAAAAUUGAGCUUUUCACAACCAUUGAUGCAGAGGGAGGCUUACCAGCAAACCCAUGUGUUCGAUUUAACAAGGAAGGCACGCUGUUGGCUGUUUCUGCAAAUGACAACAAGAUCAAAAUCUUGGCAAAAGAUGGCAGUCUUCAGUCACUGCAUACAACAGAAAAUUGCUUGGAUGAUGAUUUUAGAGUUUUCUCUGAUACUCUUAAGAAGCUUGUAAGUGAAGCAAUUUCAAAAGGUGCCUGUGCUCAAGAUGCAGAUGAAGCUGUUGCAAAAAAUGGAAACCUGAAGGCAGUGAAAUCUAAAAUUACUGGAAAAGACACUAAGUCAAAGAGUGGGAGGCUCAUUGAAUUAAACAGCCCUUCUCAGUGCCAGAUUCUGCGACUUCCUUCUCAUAUGAAAGCAAACAAGAUAUCAAGGCUCAUUUACAACAAUGCAGGUAACUCCAUUUUGGCAUUAACAUCAAAUGCCACUCAUUUAUAUUGGAAAUGGCCACAGAAUGACUUUGACUUGAGUGACACGGCAGCUGCAAAAGUUUCCCCUCAACUAUGGCAACCCAGGAGCUACUCAGGGCUGAUGACAAAUGACCUUACAGGCAGCAACCCUGAAGAGACAGUUCCCUGCUUUGCCCUGUCCAGGAAUGAUUCAUAUCUUAUGUCAUCAUCCGGAGGGAGAAUCUCUCUGUAUAAUUUGCUGAAAUUCAAGACGAUGCUGUCCAUCAUGCAACCACCACCUGCAGCAACUUGCAUUGCUUUCCACCCUCAAGAUAACAACAUACUCGCUAUAGGGAGAGACAAUUCCACAAUUCUAAUAUAUAAUGUCCGUUCAGCUAAGGUCAUUACCAUACUUGAGGGUCAUUCUAAGAGAGUCUCUGGUCUAGCCUUCUCUAAUGACCUGAAUUUACUUGUUUCUUCUGGAGCAGAUGCUCAGAUUUUUGUCUGGAAUGUUGAAGGGUGGUACAAACAGAGGAGCACAUUCUUGCAGAUUCCCGAUGGAAGAAUACCUUUUUCAUUAUCAACAGAUACCCACAUCCAGUUUCAUCAGAAUCAGACAGAAUUCCUUUCUGUACAUGAGACUCACCUGGCAAUUUAUGAAGCCAGAAAAUUAGAAUGUGUGAAGCAGUGGAUUCCAGGAGAUUUUGCAACACCAAUUUCCCAUGCAACAUUCUCAUGCGAUGGCCAGAUGGUGUAUGCCAGCUUUCUGGAUGGACUUGUCUCUAUAUUUGAUGCCUCAGAUUUUCAGUUAUAUUGUCAGAUUAAUCCAACUGCCUACCUUUUCCCCACUUCAAGUUUGGGAGUGUAUCCGAUUGCCAUUGCCGCACAUCCUCAGGAACCAAACCAAUUUGCAGUGGGACUGACAGAUGGUGGUGUUAUAGUCUUUGAGCCUCCGAUUUCUGCUGGUAAAUGGAGUAUGUUGACAGCCGAUGAAAAUGGAUCAGCAAGUAAAUUACCUGCCGAAUCCGAGGGUAAUUAUUGAUAAUUCAGUUUCAGCGUAUGAAAACUGUGUUUUAAAUUAGCGAACAUUGAAAACAUUGGCCGGCCAUCUGUAUGUGUAUUUCUGUAUCUUUAUGUAACGAAUACCAAAGAGUCGUUUAUGGUAUCAUAUCAUCCAAUAAGAUAUGCCUUAGUCUGUAAAAAUAAAA